AGCUCAGUGCUAGUUGACCUUACCAGAUUGCGCUACUUUCUUUGCAACUGGCAACAAGAUUACCCCUGCCACUACUGCACUCCGUAUACUUCACACAGCUCAGGCAACCUAGGUAGGACUAGCCUCAGGGCUAACCCCUCCAAGCUCUAG